UAUUUAUUGUUUAUUUUUAAAAAAGGUAUUUAUUGGUUCGAUGUCGGUUGUUGAGUACCUGUCCCUGGCAUGAAAACGUGCCAGUAUCGAUAUCGACGUCGGUUGUAUCGAAAGUGGAAACCUCUUAGGCCGGGCGGCCGGGGUCAGUAAACAUCUGGGAAAAUGUCGCGGUUCAUGAGAUUGGCGAAGAUGACGGGGCUCGGCACCCUGGGCCUCGUCGCCUACUGCUCCGACAGGUUCAACAUGCCGGAAAUCAGGGCUGAAAGCAGGCCUCGUACUUUCCCAACCGAAAAGAGAAAAUGGGAUUCAAACUGGGAUUUUCGUGAAGGAUUGGAAAAUGGGCAGGACACCAAGCUGGCCAAAAGAUUUAUUAUUCUUAUAAGGCACGGGCAGUAUCAUACAGAUGGGAAAACAGAGUCAGAAAUGAAGCUGACAGAAUUAGGUCGAGAGCAAGCACGUAUGACGGGACAGAGGCUCAAGGAACUAGGAAUCCGUUAUACGAAGUUGAUACAUUCUCCGAUGACAAGGGCAAGAGAAACGGCUGAAAUUAUCCACGAAUUCAUUCCUGAUGUACCGACGGAAGAGUGCCCUCUGCUUGAAGAGGGUUCACCUAUUGAACCCGAGCCUCCGAGUAAAACCUGGAGGCCGCCGCAUUAUCAGUAUCAUCAGGAUGGCGCUAGGAUUGAAGCCGCUUUCAGAAAAUAUUUCCACAGAGCUAGUCCACACCAAGAAAAAGAUACCUACGAAAUAAUAGUCUGCCAUGCAAACGUUAUUAGAUAUUUUGUCUGCAGAGCUUUGCAAAUACCACCUGAAGCGUGGCUACGCUUUUCUCUCAGGCAUGCGAGUAUGACGAGUAUUAUAAUUUAUGACGGUGGAAAAGUAUCUUUAAGGAGUUUCGGUGACGCUGGUUAUAUGCCACCUCAUACAAUUACAACAUCAUAGUAUAACAUUGUGUUUAAUUUUUGUUAUGUAAUAUAAAUUUCUAAAACAC